CUCGGCCAGUUGCAUGCAUUGUUCGUCUCCCAAAAUGGUUUGCGAGACUAAAAUCGUUGCGGACGAACACGAUGCUAUACCGGGGACCAAAAAAGAGUCGAUGAUGUGGAGCCCGGCCGCGUCCGGCGCGGCUCUGAGCCCGGCCGAGGCGAAGGAUGUGCGGAGGGACGCCGUGUUUAUCCGCGAGUUCGAGCGCGGAGACCAGGAGGAGGUGCGGCGCAUCUUUUACGAGGGCAUAAUGGAGAGGAUACCCAACACUGCGUUCAGGGGGCUCAGGCAGCAGCCGAAGACCCAGUUUUUAUACGCUCUCCUGACAGUAAUGUGCUUUUACGUGACCAAAUCCGUCACGCUGACCUGCUGCGCGCCGCUCAUUCUCAUGGGUGCGCGGUACUACUACAGCAGGAAAGUUAUCCACAGUUAUCUGGACUGUGCUCUGCACACGGACAUGGCCGACAUAGAGGCGUAUUACAUGAAACCAACAGGCUCCUGCUUCUGGGUCGCGGUGCUUGACGGACGAGUGGUGGGCAUCGUGGCGGCGCAGGGGCGCGAGGACGACAACACGGUGGAGUUGCGGCGCAUGUCAGUGGACUCCCGCUACCGCGGCAAGGGCAUCGCCAAGGCGCUGGGCCGCCGCGUCCUGGAGUUCGCCGUGCGCAACAACUACGCCGCCGUGGUCCUCGGCACGACGGCCGUCAAGCUGGCCGCCCACAAGCUGUACGAGUCGCUGGGCUUCCGCAGGACGGGCCGGAGCGAGGACUACCGGCUACCCGGGAUGAGCCGCUCGGCGCUGGAGAGGCUCUUCUUCCAGAUCCGCUACAGCCGCUACCGCCUGCAGCUUCGUGAGGAGUGAGAGGUGACAGGGAGAGGGCGAGCGAGAGAUGGAGAAGGGGAGACGGAGAAAGAGAGGGACAGAGAGAGAGAGAGAGAGAGAGAGAGAGAGCAACGCCCCUCCUUCACCCCAGAGCCCCAGCAGCAUCCUCUCCUCUGACAGCUUUUAUUUAUUUUGUGUCAUUAGAGAUAACUUUGAGUACUUAACACUUCUGUCAUUUCAUCUUAAAGCCACUAACGUUUUUAUUACUAUUACACUUUUGUUGAUGUUGUUUUUGUAUAAUAAUUUUACAUUCUAAAUAAGAGUUUGUUAUUCUAAUUAAUCUCUAUUUUUUUUUUGUAUUUUUACCCUUUUCUUUACCAACUGUGGGAGACAUUAAUUGGCGAUUUUUCUUUCUUUUUCUUUUUCAAGAAGACGUGUAACAGCAACCCCCCAUCCCUCAGCCUCGUCGGCUUCAGAUGUGAAACUCCCCUUCAUUACUAUUCCACCACUCCAGUCUUUACCCUUCCCCCAGUACACCGAGUCGUCUCCUCAGCGUCCCCACAGCUGAAUUCAGCUGCAGGAGCGCUG